CCCCCAUUUCAUUUGCCUGGCUCAUUGCAUCUCACACACUCUCCCAUACUCUCUCUCUCUCUCUCUCUCUCCCGUGAUUCUGCAAGAAGCCCUUCUUCUGGCAAGCAUUGAUAUCUAUCUCUAAACCUCCAUAUCACUAAUCUCCUUUGCCCUUUGUCUGAGCAGUGAUGGCCGUUAUUCUGCUUGCAAUGCUGAUGUUGUUCAUGACUGGCCAUGCUAGCUGCACAUGGUGUGUUUGCAAGGAUAUGUCAGAUGCAGUCCUUCAAAAGACUUUGGACUAUGCUUGUGGAGCUGGGGCUGAUUGUAGUCCUAUCCAUUCAAAUGGUGCAUGUUACCAACCUAAUAGUGUCAAAGCCCAUUGCUCAUAUGCUGUUAAUAGCUAUUUCCAGAAGAAGGGCCAAGCUCAAGGCACUUGUGAUUUUGCUGGCACUGCUGCCGUUUCCGCAGCUGAUCCUAGUUCUAGUGGCUGUUCUUAUCCGGCGACCGUCAGUGCUGCAGGGACUAGCACAACUGUUCCAACUCCAGUCACCACAAACCCAUCAACCACCACACCCUCAACCGCCACGCCCUCAACCACUAACCCGACCAAUACCACACCAACCACUACUACUCCAUACACUACAACCCCUUCCAAUGGAGUCUUGGGAGGCAUAGGCAACGGUGUAAGUCCAACAGGAGCUGGAAUAAACACAGACAUCAGUGAUGGUGGGUUCAGACUUCCAAACAGUAGCUGGUUCUCCGUUAUUGUAGCCCUCUUGAUUUCAAGCUUGAUGCUUUUGUGGGGUUGAAGAUGCAAAAGUGGGCAAGAUGGUUGUUGCUUAGGUGGGGUAGGGUGCCACGAUUGAUACUGGAUAUCAAUGUGCAUGUGUAUGCAUGUGAUUAUGCUGUUCGUUUAUCUAAGAAUAUGCUAGCUAAGUUUUUGUUUGUUUCUUCUCCCCUACUGGGGCAAAAAGAUGGGCUUCUUAUUCCUUUUGGGUGUUUUUGUAGUCACUGGUGGGACAACUCUCUGUAUUUUUUCAUCCCUCUGUACAUCUAGAUCUAAAUCUAGAAAAGCAGUAAUUUAUUAGUCUAAUGAGAGAUUGGCACCCGCGUUACAAUUA